AUGAAUGUGUUAUUAACUAUGCAAACAGUAUUCAUGCGCCCGCGUCUUCAGGUGGCAUUAAGCAGCGCAGUACCAACAAACAUCUUGGAGCUGGACUUGACCCCUGAAGAGGCCCAGAAGUACCUCAACAGUCCACCCUUCACAGAGCCCAAGCUCGCUGGACGUACCGCUGUUCUACCUUUGAUCAAAUACAAUGACGCAAGGUUUCGUUCAGCCGAGGCAGGACCAACACUAGGGCAUUACUGGAAGAACGGACGUGAAAUUGAGAACCCUGAUGACUAUGUUGAAGAGGUAUACGACGCAUCUCAAUUCCAUGGCCAAGACGGUUUAGGCGCAUACGCAUAUGGCUACGAGACCCCUGAAUCAUCGAAAGUAGAGAACAAAGUAAGAUCCGGUGACGUCUCCGGAUCAUACACAUACCGCGCAGGGAACACCAACGAAUUGAUCAAGGUCCGCUACUGGGCUGACAGCCAAGGCUUCCACCAAGAAGACAACAUUCCCAAAGUGGUCUUGCAGCCUGUGCAGGAAGCUGAAGAUGUUCGUCAAGCUCGUCUUGCCCACGAGAAGGCUUGGGAAGAAGCUGCUGCCGCCGCGAGGGUGCAACCCGACCCACAGUAUGUCCACAGACUGCUACGAGGUGAAUACAACCCCCAAAUCGACUACCAACCAGCCGCGUCAGAGCAGCAAGGCGCUUAUGCUGCACCUAGCCAGGUAAACCAGGCCCGUGAAGCCAAGGCGUACUAUGGAUCACAGGGCUCAUACCAGCCUGGUCAGGCCUACUCUACUCCUCUUCCUGAAAGGAUCGAAGAACCGGAACCUACCGGCCCACCCCGUGGCUUCUUCUACGCCUUCAACUACCCAACAUCAAUCCUUGUUGCCAAGAAGGAUCAAGGAGGUGCUCCAAUCAACCCAGGAUACCCAAUUGAUCAAGACUCAGUGUCUAUCCAAGCUAAACAUUAUUAG